AUGAAUACUCCCGAAGCCUCGACGAACUGCCUGAAACGUCCAAAUGAGGAUUCCGUCGAUUCUCUGUCAGGCUUUGAAAAGAAGAAAUUGAAAGAUGAAAUUAAGGCUAGGAAGAAGGAUAUGGAAGUUAUCACGAAGCAACUGAAAGAUAAUCAAUUGCAGCAACUCAUUGAGAAUUUGGAUUUAUAUCAAAACCGGAAAAAUUGCAUUGAUGCGCAGAUCAAGCUUCUUGCGAAUAAGCAGAAAAAUCGGAUGCUUGAGAAGGAAAUGCUUCAACUCAAAAUCCAAAAUUUUCAAAGCAAAAAACAACAAUACGCAAUCGACGUGGAAAUCGUUGAUUGUAAAGACGAAGAUUUGCGCUCAAAAAUCAACAAGUUGAACGAAAAGGAAACCGAUUUGAAGUUGAAGAAGAAGCAGAAAAUGAGACAUUUUCACAACGACAAGUCUUUGACGGAGGAGCACGAUCAUGAGUAUGCCGACUUGAUUACUGAGCACAAUGUAGACACGAAAUCUGUGGAAAGAAUGAAAAAAGAGGUUGAAGCCAAGAAAGAAGCCCACGAUGCUUACAUUCUCGCCAUGGCUGCAAAAUUGAACCUUGACAUCGAAUCGACGAAACUCGCAAUCGAAAAGAUCACUUCUGAGGACGAAAAUGACGAGAAUGAAGGUCUGGAUGAAAAAGAUAUCGAGGUUAAAGUUGUUACACAAAACGCAUCGGUGCCCAACUUUACUAAUGAUUUCGAUGAUCCCGAAAUUCCAUUUGUUCUAUCUGAUGGUUCUGAGGAUAAAAGUGACGAAAAUCAUGGCCAGGAGAACCACAGAAACCAGGAAGCUUCAUUCUCUGAUGAUCUCGAUGAUCUUGAAAUUCAAAUUGUUGCAUCUGCUGAAUUGAUAAACAACGAUGACGAAGAAGCACCAAAUCGAGAAGAGCAGGAAGAUGGUGACGACAAUAAUGAUGAUGCUGAUGAAACCCUCGCUGACGAACCAUGUUGCAGCAAUCAGAGUAGCAAAAAAGCAGAGUGCAAGAAAAAACCGAAGAGGAAACCGAAAGCAAAAGUUCAAACAAAGCCUCAACAGAUUCAUAAAAAUUCUGAGCUCUACAACGCGAAACUGCACAUUAAAGCGUAUUUCGAGGAAUUUGGAUACACCGAAGCUUCCGACGUGGCGAAACAAGCUGUUGAUGAUAUAAUCGAAUCUGUCAAAGAGAAAAACUGCUCGGUUGUGAAAAUUGAUCAAGGAGUUUCGUUCCCAGAAAACAAUUGCCGUGGACUGAAAGAUCAGCUGAUUCAACUUAUCAUGGCCCCAAAAGUGGAAAGACCUAAGUCGAGCGCUUCCUCUAGCAAGGACUCUUCAAAUUAUGUCCACCCUCUCACAUACACAGGAGAUCUGUAUCUGGAUGUGAACACGGUUACAGGCCAGGAUGUGCUCGAAAGUGCUGCUGAAUUCAUGAAGACUGGAAACAACCAUGUAUUCGGACCCCCAGAGAAAGAAAAGAUAAGGCACGUCUUGGAAGGAGAUUCGAGAGUGGUUGAAGCAGAGAAAACAUUUUUCGAACAACAAUCUCUUCACUCAACCAAUGGACGUUCGCAUCCAGUCCCAAUGAUUUCGAAGAAUAACGAAGAAGGAUUGAAACAUUUGCUAGCAAAUGCCAGUAUCUUCAUGGUAGAUGAUGUAGAUGAAUGGAACGGGUUCGACGUCGAGGCUUUUGAUCUCGAUAAGAUUUCUGAGGUUUUGAAGUCAGAUAGCACUGUACAAGUCAUCCGCCAAAUCCCACAACCGACGACUACAAAUUUUAAUUUCAUUUCCACAGAGCAGAAAAGUAAUGAAAUUGGCGUCUAUCAUUUCACUGAGCACCACAAGUUGGAGGACUUUUUGGACAACCACAAGAUAUGCAUUCAAGUAUUGACAAAAGACGGUAAUUUAAUUUCAGGUCUCUUUUUUCUUAUUGUAUUUGUUUCAGCUUACAAUGAGAUCCUCAACAAUCCUGGAAACAAAGAUGAGAUAUUGUUGACGCUAGGAGCAGAGCUUCGCAAAAAUCAGCUGCCAUUAGGUGAUCAUGAAAAAGACACGAAAGAUGCCAAGGCUAUGAAAGAAACCGUUCCUAAGUAUGCGAAUCUUCUAUCAUUUGGUACCAACGUCGACCUGUCUGGACACGCAACAAAGGAGCAGGAGAAGAGUUGUGGAAAGCUCCCAGAUUCAUUGGCACCCACUGGAAGAGGAAGUCUGCUCAAUUUCGCCUUCGAGAAGAUCCCAGGCUUGAACGAGAUUCAGAUGUACUUAAAACCUCCAGCCGCACGAACAACUGGUCACUUUGAAAGCAACUCCCUUGGAUCCAUCAAUAUCAAUCUCGGACCAGGGGACUGCAUUUGGUUUUCAGUCCCAGCGGAAUAUUCUCAGUCGUUCGCACAAAUGCUGAACCGCCAGAGACGUGCCAAGAAGAGCGUUUUUUCCCAAACUUGGUGGCCAAAUGAGGAGGAAUGCAUCAAACAAGGAAUCGUUGUCCAGAAGUUUGCGCAGAGGCCAGGGCAGUUGGUCUACGUUGGUAUUGGCACCUAUCACUGGGUGCAAUCCGAAGGGUACACUGCCAACGUCUCGUGGAAUGUCAUGCAACCUUCGUUCCAUCAAAUGGCGGUGACUGCCAUCAUGAAUGACCAAUACCUCGCUUAUAAAAACUAUUCGAUUGUUCCAAUCGAAUAUAUUAGCUGGAAUGUGGUCAUGAGCCUGGAACCAGUGGAGGAGAAGGAGUUCCGACAACUCUUGAAGGCCAUUUUAAUGAGGAGUUUGGCACACCUCCAAGCUACACUCGAUUUCCUCAACAAAAAAAUGGAAAGCAAUAAUGUCAAACUGCUUUCAAAGAAAAAAACUGGCUUGAAUCCGAUGAAGUUUGGAAUAGAUAAGGACGCAGUGGCAAGAUGCUCUAAUUGCGCACAAGUGUUAUUCAACUUUGUCCCGACGAAUAAGGAAAAUAUGAUUAUUUGCUUCAAAUGCAUUGACGAACUAUCGAUUGACAUCAACAAAAUUAAAGUGGUUCAAUGUUACGAAUUGGAUUAUUUGGCUAGCGUGUUUGAUGAGUUCCAAAUUGAACAAUAA